CUGAAAAUAGGCAGAUUCGAAACACGAAGCAUGGAAGUCUGGUGGGAGACGAAGGAAGAUUGCCUGUGGCUGGUCUACUAUCUCGUCUUCAUCGCGCCGCUCCAUGCGCUCCUCAUCGGCUACCUCGAGCGCCAAGGGAAGCAGGUCACGCCGUCCAAGGCCAUCAUAUGGAUCGCGUCGCUCGCGCUCAUGUCGACCUUCCUGCCGCUGCUUGUGCGCAAGAAGCUGUCCGAGUCGAGCCCCUACCGCCUUCUCAGCGUCUCGCGCUACGGCCCCAAGUACGUCUGGGCGCAGCAGUACAGCCACUUGAAGCAGUACUUUACGAGCGGCCAAAUGAGCCCCGACAUCUGGGCUGUCUUUGACGCCGCUUACGACAAACUCUACGACGAUGGCACGCGCCGAGCAUUCGAGGUGUGGGGCCCGAAUUUUGAGACGCUCCUGAGUGCUCACAUGCCAUACAACCUCGCGCUCUUCUACGUCCUCUGGCUUGUUGGCAUCUACGCAACGACGGUCGGACGCAAGUACGCCCAUGCGCGGGACCUCGCGACCGCCGGUCUCUUGGUCGUUCUUGUGUUUGAGAUGAGCAUUCGCUUCAUGGGCUACAACCCGCUGUUUAUGCUUCUGCCGCAGACGACGCCGAAUGAGAUGAUCUUGCUCGUGCAUGCGCUCUUUCCUGCGUGGGUUCUCGGCUACACGUCCUUCAAGCGCAUCUUUUUCGUCGAUAUGCUGCAGCACAAGAACGACUGCCUUGAGUAUGCGCUCGCCACCAACGAAAAGACCAAGAAGGCGCUCGAGAGCAUGCGGGUCGAGAUCCGCAAGCUCAAGGACACCAAGGAGACGACGUCGAUUCAAGCCUAACGCCACCAUGCACCGCGGCGCUGUUAGACCAGAGCGGAGCGCCGUACUAGUGUAAGGCUCAAACACGAAAGCAUCGCCACUGGCUCGACGACACUUUUACACUCGAUGGCAUACAAAUAUCAA